UCACGGUAAAGACCUGACCGCUGAACAUGGCUGACAAACGGACGAGGGACGGGACAGAUUGUGAAAGUCCUUUAAACAUCAACGCAUCAAAGACUCAAAAUAAAUUUUCAAAUGACGGGAGUUUCCUGGAAAUGUUCAAGAAGAAAAUGGAAGAGGAGAGAAAGAAGACAGAGGAUUCGACGCAGCACAGCUCGUCGUCAACUCACGAUCAAAAUUCUCAUUCUGUGACUGUUGGACUUAACGAUAAAAAAGAUGAUGCAGCAGUUCCCAAACCCAAGAAAACUUUACCCUUUGUUGGAAAAAGAAGAGGGGCUGCUCCUGUUUUAAAGACAGGAGUUGUGAAAAAGAAAAAGUCAGAAGAUAAGGCUGAGAAGGGUGAAGUGAAGAAAAAUGCUUGGGCACAGUACAUGGAUGAAGUACAAAAAUACAAAUCACAAGCAUGUCAAGAUGAAGAUAAAACUCGGCCAUUAGUGAAGUAGCACAUUAUUUAUAUUUUGGAGAACUUUGUGCAAUAAUACAAUUCAACAAGAACGCUGUUGAAAUUAGGAAAUAAAAGGAUGGAAAGGAAAACUUUUCAGUUGAUCUAUUCUGAUGUGGUAAAAAAUAGCCCUUGCGAUUUUUUUUAUCAUUUUUCCAUUUUUGAAAGAACAGCACAGAGUAGAUUGCAAGAUCAUGAGCCUAAUAUUGAUAUAGGGUUUGUUUUUUUCUUUGAAAGUACAUUGUGGGUUUUUAAGUAUUUAUGUCAUAAAACCUGAUGCACCUGCAUUGUUUACUUUCCUUGAAAGGUCAGGAAAAUAUCAAUUUUCCUUGGAAGACCAAGAAAAUAUUAGAAUGCUCUUCCUGUGUGGUGACACAAUAUGAAUUUUACUGUUUUUUUUUCUACAAGCAAAGUUUUUGCUCUCCUGAGUUUGGUAAUUAGUCUUUCACAUUUUCCAACAGGCAAACUUGUACCCUUACAAUUCACCUUUCCACAGAUAAUGAUGUGCAUGCACCAACUGUGUUUAGUAUUAAGUGUUGCAUUCUGGUCUAGAUAUAUGCGCUGCUAUUUCUGGUCAAGCAUUCGUGGCUUUUGGCGCCAAUGGAAGUAUGCACACAUGACCAGUGGAAAUGGGUGAACCACACAUGCAGGUAAUAUCUCUGGAAAGGUAAAUGGACUAAUGAAUUGUACCAUUCCAUUUAUAUUUGUAAAUGUUGAACUUGUUGUUAGGAAUGCUUAGAUUAGCAGUAUCAUUUUAGGUCAGUUAAAACGGGGUUUGCAGUACCUUUCAUGUCAAGAUGUAUUCUAUGUUAAGUUUAACAUGGUGGCUCCGAUUAAUAAUUUCAAAUUUCUGAACUAAUUGAAUGUUCACUCAAAGUAUAGAAUCUUUGGUUAGUGUCCAUGCAAACAAGAAGUCAUAAUGCUAGUUUUGUAAAACAGCCUUAAAUCAUAAAAUUUUAGCCCAUUUCUCAUGCAUUUAAGUUUGUUUAGAGAAGCAUAUAUUGCUCCAGUUAAAUUUAAUGAGCUGGGAUAGGUGAAAAAACAAAGAUACAAAAUUCAUGAAGUUUGAAAAUAUUUUUAUUGAUCUUAUUUAAGUAGCAGCCUUACAAUUUUUGUUAAAUCUUAUUUUAACCCUUACCUUUUUUAGAAAUAAAAUAUUGUACUAAUUUCAA